GACAAAAGUACCAAUCGGGCAGCGAAAAGAAGAACCAAUGGACUCAAUUAUUGAUAUGGAUUCACCACAAGAACUGGAUGUAAAAUCAAAAUUAGAGGAAGAACAAAAACUCCAUGGUAAUGGUGAAAAAUCACAGCAUGAGGCUACCAAUGAAAGGAAUGAAUAUGAUUCAGAUAGUAAUUCAUCAAUAAUGGAUGUAAAAACUUCCUGUGUAGAUUCUCCAAAAGAAUGUGCUGAAUGGAAGUCUACCAUGGGAAUAAAAGAUUGUGUUCAAAAGGAUGUAUCAGUUACAAAGUAUGUUCAAUUCAGAGAAGAAUCAAAUUUAAAAAUAAAAACAAAGGAAAAUCUUGAUGGAGAUGAAACUAUUCAACCACCUUUAUCACUAGGAUUAACUUCAACACCAACAAAUAUUCUAAAUGAAGGAGGGAAAGGUUUUCAAAAGAAAUUUCUUGAAUGUAAGUCUCCCACAGAAACGAAAGAUUCUGAUUCAACAGAGGCAUCAGCCAUGAUUCAUGGACAAGGAUUCCUAGCAGAUGUAGACAUAAAACUGAAAACAGAGAGCCAGGAUUAUCUUGAUAGCGGUGAAAAUAUUCAGUCAUCUAACACGAUUACAUCUCUUCAGUCUAAGUGCACUCCCCAUUUAUCAGUUGGAAUAACUUCAAGAUCCACAAGUCUUCUAACUGAAGAAGAGAAAGAUAUCUGUAAGAAAAAUCACGACUGGAAGCCUACCCAGUAUCUCACUGGAAGUCAAGCUCUAGCUUCAUCUGAAGUAUCAAUGCUGAAGCCUAAACAAGAAUUCCCACCAGAAGCAUAUUUACAAAUGAAAACAGAGGAAAGUCAGAAAAGUCUUGACAGGAAUGAAAACAUUCAAUCAUCUAAUGCUGUUAUACAGCCGAAGCAAAUUAUUCAUUUACAAAUAGGACUAGCACUGAGACCCACGGAUCUUCUGAAUGAAGGAAAAAAAGGUUUUUGUGUUAACUAUUCUGAACAAAAGCAGUCUUCCAUUGAAGAGAACUAUGUUCCAACUGAAGAAUCAGCAGUGAACUGUGGACAAGAAUUCCCAGCAGAAGCAGACUGGAAAAUAAAAGCAGAGGAUUUUCAGGAAAAUCUUGACGACAAUGAAAGUAUCCAAUCAUCUAAUUCUUUUACGUGUCUUCAACCGAGGACUAAUCCGUAUUUGUCAUUAGGAUUCACUCAAAGGCCACAGCAUCUUCUAAAUGAAGGAGGGAAAGAUUCACAUAAGAAGCAUCCUGAAUGGAAGAAAAAUCCGUCAACUGAAAGAGAAGAUUCCAUUCCACCUGAGUCAUCAGUGUGGAAGCAAGAACAGGAACACCCAUCAGAAGUGGACAUACAAAUGAAAGCAGAUGACAACCUUAAAAAUCUUGAUGGAAGUGAGAGUUCUCAGUCAUCUGAUACCAUGCCAGAUUUUCCACUGAGCCAUAUACCGCCUUCAUCAGUAUCCAUGGAUCUUCUAAAUGAAGAAGGAAAAGAAGCCGAAUUAAAAGAUAAAUCAGUGAAAAAUCAAAACCAUCUUGAGAGCCAUACCAAUACUCAACCAACUGAUAGCAAUAUGCAUCUUCCACCCAGGCAUAUUCCUCAUUCAUCAACAGGAAUAAGUCCAAGAUUCACAAAUCUUCCUAAUGCAGGGGAAGAAGAAGACUUACAAAUGAAAUUGGAGGAACAUCACAGAAAUAUCGAUGGCAACGAAAGCAUUCAAUCAUCUGAUAAUGUGAAGCACAUUCAACCAAGGCGAAUCCGUCAUUUACUGAUGGGGCUAAUUCCAAGACCCGUGAAUAUUCUAAGUAGACGAGGGAAAGACUCUCACAAGAAAUGUACUCCACAUAAGAAUCCCAUUGAAAUAAAAGAGUUUGAAUCAAAUGCAAAAUUGGAGAGAGAGGAAAUAAAAACAUUCACAUCAGUGAUGUUCGAAGAUGAUCAAGACCUGUGUGACGGGAGCAAAAAUAACCAGCCAUUGGUUGAAGCAACCAGGGAGAAACGUACAAGCAAUGAAACAGAAGAUGCGACUCAAUCCUAUGGCUGUGCAUUAGUUGCCACUGCUCAUGAUGUUUCUACUGCUUCUGCUGUUGCUGCUAUGGUUGCAGCAAUUGUUGUUGCUGCAGCUGCUCCCACCGCUACAGUUGCUGCUGCUUCUGCUGCUGUAGCUGCAGUUGUCGCUGCUGCUGCUCCUGCUGCUGCUGCGGUUGCUUCUGCCAUUGCGGCUGUUGAUGCUCUUGCUGAUGUUGCUCCUGGGGCUGCACUUGACAGUUCUGCAUUACCUGUUGCUGCUGCGACUGCUGCCACUGCUGCUGCUGUUCCUGCUGCAGUUGCCGCCAGUGCCCCAGACACUGCCCCUGCUGUGGUUGCUGUUGCUGCUGCUGCGGCUGCUGCUGCGGUUGCAGUGACUUCGGUGGCUGCUGUUUCUCUCACUGCUGUUUCUGCUGCUUCUGUUGCUGCGGUGGUUGCUGUUGCUGUCACUACAGGAGCUGGUUCAGAUGCUCCCACUGUUGCUCCUGCUGCUGCUGCUGUUGCUGCUGUUGCUGCUGCUACUGGUCCUGCAGCAGCUGCUGCUCUCGUGGCUUCUGUUGCUGCUGCUGCUGUCACUCCUUGUGCUAAUCCAGUGUCAGCUGCAGCCCCUUCUACUGUUGCUGCUGCUACUGCUUCUGCUGCUGCUACUGCUGUUGUUGCUCAUGCUGCUACUUUACCUAUUGCAGCCGCUGCUGCAGCUGCAGCUGCUGCUUUUGCUGUUGUUGUCCCUACAGGAGCUAAUGCUGCUGCUGCAGCUGUAGCUUCUUCUGAUAUUCCUAUUGUUGCACCCAUUGAUGUUGCUGGUGCUGUUGGUGCUGAUGCUGCUGCUACAAAAGGAAGACUCAGUCUACAAAGAAAGUAUGUGGAGGAGGGAAAGCAACAGUCUUCUAUUGAGGAAGCAGAGGAGCAAGAUGGGAUCAAAAAUACAAUAUCUACAGAAAAAAUCCAGGUCCUAAAGCCAGGAAAAGACCUACAUGAUCCUAAUGCCUUGACUCCAGUAACUGAAUCAUGCUCAGCAGAAUAUCUUGGUAGCCCCUUAAAAAGUACACCUGCCUUUGAUUCAUAUAAAGAGUUAUUAGAGCUUAAAGAAAUCAAUGUUCAAAUACUCACAGAAAAAAAUAAAGUGGAAAAUGAAUUAUCUGAAGUAAAAGAAGAGAACUUACAGUUAGAGAAAAAAAUUGUAAGAAAGAAUGAAAGAAUCUGUACUCUCAGAUCAAUCAUAAAAGAACAAGUGGAGAAAAAAAGAAAUGUAAUUUGUGCUUAUAAUGAAGUUGUAGAGGAACUGAGAGAUAAAGAAGUGAUGAUUCAGAGAAGAGGAGAACAAUACAACAGACAAGUUACAGAGACACAAGAGCUUGAAAUAAGUCUGAAGACAAGAGAUGUGGAGUUGAAGCAGCUACAAAAAGAAAAAGAACAGGCACAGAGGAUGGAAGAUCACCUACAAAUAUUGGAACUAGAAAAUACCUCAUUAAUAGCAACAGUCAAGAAGCAGAAGGAGGAAAUUGAACAUCUUCAGAGACAUGUGCAAAACCCGCACAAAAACCUGGUACAGAGUCCCAAUUUUACAGAGACAGCUGCUCAGAAAAAUCGGGACAUAUGGAAUAAUAACACUACAGUAAUAACUGAAAUGGAAAACAUAAUCAAAAAUCUGAAGUCUGAAGUCUCCAAUGUUAAAAUUUCCAAAGAGUUCAGCAAAAAAGAACUGGAAAAGUAUAAGCGAUUCUAUCUAGAAGAACUAAGAAAUAAAAACUUUUUAUUACAUGAACUAAACAGGACUAAUGAAAGUCGAGAACAAUCCCAUACAGAACUUCACAUGAAAUUUCAGCAAAACAUUUCUUCAUCAAACACCCUGAAUACAAGGCUUGUCCAUGAAUGUUCCUGUGUGGAAAAACCCGACAAACUGGAAAACAAAGAUUUCCUUCCAGGAGAAAAUUUGGUAUUGCCUUCCUCAAGCACAGAAUCAACUGAUGAUUGCAUGGUACACUACCCAUGGACGCCUGAAGAUGACAUGAGAGACCUAAGCAAAGGACUCAGUGACUUAAAACAGUCUAUUCAACUUAGUUUGGAGACUCAGAAGAAACAAGAUGAAGAAGCAGGAAAAGAACUAGCUGAAAUUGGGAAAUCCUUUAAGAUGACAGAUCAUAGACAUGAAAUUGGAGCACGUGGUUCUCAAGGAGAUUUUGAAACCUGCCAACUUGGAAUAAGUACUCUAGCUACAGUGCCAGAAUGCUUGGCACAAGCAACAAGUAAACCAUAUUCAGAAUUCUUAAAGGAGAACUAUACAACUUCAACAAUAAAUGCAAUGGAAACCAAAAUUAGAAGCCUUAAAUCUACACUCUCUAAACUGAGAGUUAGCAAAGCAUUGCGUGUGUUAGAACUGGAACGCUAUAAGUACCUCUAUUAUGAAGAAUUAAGUAUUAGAAAAUCAGUUCAAUAUUACUUAAACAAGAAUAAUGAAAAAACAGAGAAGAGCAGGUCAAAGCUGCACAUGGAAACACAGCACAGCAGCCCCGCAGUAAAUGCCCAAAGCAUUCGGCCUUUGACCGAGUGCUCUUCUACUGGAUGCUUUGACAGCAUCCCGGAACCUGGAAAAAGUCUCCCUCUGAGAGAAAACCAGACAACAUCUUUCUCAAACUCUCAACCAUCAACAAGUGGCCUGGAAGACUGCCUGAAAAUGAUGCAACAAGUGUCCCAGUAGAAUUAUGGGCAAGCAAAUAAAGCAAGGAAGACAAUCAUCAAGAUUUCUGUUGACAGAUAAUAAAAAAUUGAAACAAUUGGAAGAGUUUCUUUAGCA